GCAGGCGCCGACCUACCUUCCUACCCCCGGCACUCCAACCCGGAACUAUCCUCGGCUACCUCGGGAAGGCUGUGGCGCCUGGCCCUGAGUACAGGCCAGCGGGUUACAGACCCCGGGCAGAGAGACGCACUCGUCUUCAGGGGCCGCAGACCAAGUACAUACUUGGCAGGAGGUUGCACGAUCUGGAAAGUACAGACGCCCUGGCCCCUGCUGGACCAUGGCGCCCCAGCGGAACGUGGUGAAGAUCGCCGUGCAGAUGCGUGACGCCAUCCCGCAGCUCAUCCAGCUGGACCAGGCAAAGCCCCUAGCCUCUGUGCUGAAGGAGGUGUGCGUCGCGUGGAACCUGGUUUACCCUGAGCGCUACGCCCUGCAGUUUGCCGAUGGGCACAGGAGAUAUGUCACUGAGAACAACCGCUCCGAGAUCAAGAAUGGCAGCAUCCUGUGCCUCAGCACUGCCCCAGACCUUGAGGCUGAGGGGCUGUUGAAUAGGCUGCAGACUGGGAAUCAUGAAGGGCACCGGGAAGCCCUGCGACUUCUCGUCCUGCUAGUCUCAGAUAUAACCUUCGCCCAGGAGGUCAUCAGCCGUGAUGGGCUUCAGAGACUAGGCACUAUCAUUGAGGAUGGGGACGACCUAGGAGAGGUGCUGGCCCUUGCACUGAGGGCCUUCUUGGAGCUCAUGGAGCACGGCAUGGUAUCCUGGGAGACAAUUGGCAUCCCCUUUGUUAGGAAGGUGGUGUAUUAUGUGAACAUGAACCUGAUGGAUGCAUCUGUGCAGCCCCUGGCCCUCAGGCUGCUGGAGAGUGUGACCUUGAGCAGCCCUGCCUUGGGUCAGAUGGUUAAGAGUGAGGUGCCACUGGAUAGACUGCUGGUGCACUUACAAGUGAUGAACCAGCAGCUGCAAACCAAGGCCAUGGCCCUGCUGACAGCCUUGCUGCAGGGGGCCAGCCUUGCUGAACGUAAGCACAUGCUUGACUACCUGUGGCAGAGAAAUCUUCGUCAAUUCAUCUAUAAGAACAUCAUCCAUAGUGCAGCACCACUGGGCGACGAGAUGGCUCAUCACCUGUAUGUACUACAGGCCCUUACACUGGGGCUGCUGGAGCCACGCAUGCGAAUAGCGCUGGACCCCUACAGCCAGGAACAGCGGGAACAGCUGCAGGCCUUGCGCCAGGCUGCCUUUGAGCCAGAGGGGGAGUCCCUGGGUAGUGGACUGAGUGCAGACCGUCGCCGUUCCCUCUGUGCCCGCGAGUUCCGCAAACUUGGCUUCUCUAACAGCAACCCUGCACAGGACCUAGAGCGCGUGCCUCCCGGCCUUCUGGCCCUGGACAACAUGCUCUACUUCUCCAGACACUCACCCAGUGCCUAUAGCCGGUUUGUGCUGGAGAACAGCAGCCGCGAAGACAAGCAUGAGUGCCCCUUUGCCCAGAGCAGCAUCCAGCUGACUGUGCUGCUGUGUGAGCUGCUACACAUAGGAGAACCCUGCUCCGAAACGGCCCAGGACUUUUCACCCAUGUUCUUCGGCCAAGACCAGAGCUUCCAUGAGCUCUUCUGUGUGAGCAUCCAACUGCUGAAUAAGACCUGGAAAGAGAUGCGGGCCACACAGGAGGAUUUUGACAAGGUCAUGCAAGUGGUGCGGGAGCAGCUCGCCCGCACGCUUGCCCUGAAGCCCAGCUCCCUGGAGCUCUUCCGAACCAAGGUGAAUGCGCUCACCUACGGGGAAGUGCUACGGCUGAGGCAGACUGAGCGGCUCCAUCAGGAGGGCACGCUGGCCGCCCCCAUACUGGAACUACGGGAGAAGCUGAAGCCAGAGCUCAUGGGCCUAAUCCGCCAGCAGCGUUUGCUCCGCCUCUGCGAGGGGACAGUUUUCCGCAAGAUCAGCAGCCGGCGGCGCCAGGACAAGCUGUGGUUCUGCUGCCUGUCCCCCAACCACAAGGUUCUGCUGUAUGGGGAUGUGGAGGAGGUUGCUGGCCCGCCCAUCCCCGAGAGCCUGCCUGAGCAGCUCCCUGUGGCAGACAUCAGGGCACUACUGACAGGCAAGGACUGCCCCCACGUCCGGGAGAAGGGCUCGGGGAAGCAGAACAAGGACCUCUAUGAGUUAGCUUUCUCACUCAGCUAUGACCGUGGGGAGGAGGAGGCAUCCCUCAAUUUCAUUGCCCCAUCCAAACGCGAGCCCAAGGGCAAAGUGGGCACAAGAGGGAAGAAGCAGAUAUUUGAAGAGAACAGAGAGACCCUGAAGUUCUACCUACGGAUCAUACUGGGGGCCAAUGCCAUUUACUGUCUUGUGACCUUGAUCUUCUUCUAUUCAUCUGCCUCGUUUUGGGCCUGGAUGGCUCUGGGUUUUAGUUUGGCAGUAUAUGGGGCCAGCUACCACUCUAUGAGCUCGAUGGCACGGGCAGCCUUCUCUGAGGAUGGGGCCCUGAUAGAUGGUGGAAUGGACCUCAACAUGGAGCAGGGCAUGGCAGAGCACCUUAAGGAUGUGAUCCUACUGACAGCCAUCGUGCAGGUGCUCAGCUGCUUCUCCCUCUAUAUCUGGUCCUUCUGGCUUCUGGCUCCAGGUCGCGCCCUUUACCUCCUGUGGGUGAAUGUGCUGGGCCCUUGGUUCACAGCAGACAGUGGUGCCCCAGUGCCAGAGCACAAUGAGAAACGGCAGCGCCGACAGGAGCGGCGGCAGAUGAAGCGGUUAUAGCCACUGACGUUGUGGCCACAGGCUUCUGGGCCCUGGGUGGCACGGUCAGGCUGCAUGUCCCUCAUACCAGGAGCAAUGAGGGCCAAGUCAAGGGGCCAAAAGCUGUCUAAGGUAUAGACUGUUGAAUAAAUGGCUUAUAAUGUA